CCGCGAUUGAAUAUUGGAAGACUCAGCUCGGGGUCAUCCCAGUCGGGUUAUAAGAAGAUAUUGAAGAUGCCUCCUGUAGCCCAAUCGUCAGGACUUCUCCCUGUGUCUUCAACCCCUCCUCGUCUCGUUCUCUAUGCGCAGACUCAUCAUACUCCUGAAGGCAAUCCAAUCUCGUUACUUCCCCUAAUCACACAGAACACCGGCGUCACGCACGUCAUUCUCGCUGCGCUCCACAUCAAUCAGGGUCCCGGGAACAUCUCACUCAAUGAUGAUCCGCCAGAUCAUCCCAAGUUCGAUACCCUUUGGGCUGAAGUAGGAUGGCUGCUUGGUGCUGGCGUCAAAGUGUCAAUCAUGGUUGGUGGUGCAGCCAAGGGAAGUUGGGAGCGGUUGAGUGGAAGUGAAGAAGAAUUCAAUGCCUACUUUGAACCGGUAAUUGAUCUUAUCAAGAGACACGGACUGUCUGGCCUCGAUCUCGACAUUGAAGAAGAGGUUCCACUAGCGACGCCUAUGCGUACCAUGCGCCGACUCGAUUCCGUGUUUGGCAAAGACUUCCUCCUUACGUAUGCGCCGACAUGUACCGCGUUACUUCCAGAAACGAUUAAAAAUCCCCUCCUCCCUGUGCGCCCCUACCAUUUCGACCACAGCACGCCUGUGCCGAACGGCAAAGCUGCUUGCACCGAGCCUACACUAAAGCAUCUAAGCGGUUUCUCCUAUCCUGAGCUAUUUGGGAGCGAGAUUGGCUCGAGGAUAUCGUGGUUGAAUGCACAGCUGUAUUGUGGAUGGGGAGAUGCUUCGCAGCCACAGUGGUACGAUGCGAUCAUCGCGGCGGGAUGGCCAGCGGACAAGGUUGUUCUAGGAGUCGUGACGACAUCACGAAACGGAUCUGGGAGUGUCCCUCUUGCGAAGCUCUUGGAAGUCUUCAGGACUCUACGUAGUCGUCACCGCGGGUUUGGUGGUGUCAUGGGUUGGGAGUACUUCAACUCAGGAGAAAACGACCCUGACAUGGCCGGCAAAAACCCAUGGGAUUGGGUCAAGGCCAUUGGUCAGACGAUACGGAGUGUAGUCGAGAUACAGCCAGUCCAUACGCCUCACCCAUGGAGAGAAGAAGAUGUGUUAACCUUGGUCGAGCUGGGGUUCAGUCGCGCCGAUGCGAUACAAGCUCUCAGUGCAACAGAAAACAACGUUGAACUAGCAGCUGGUAUUCUAUUUGACCAAUGAUUUCGGUGUGGCCAAGAAUGUCAGAUAUGAUGCCUCCCAAUAGAAUUGUGGCUAAUCUCGAGACAACCGACGCCUUUCCGAGUCCCCUGCUACUACCC